UCCUGCGGUCAUUCGCGAAUGUUGCGUUGCUUUGUGAUUAAUUAACGUACAUCUUGUAUAUAAAUAAAUUUAUACACUUUCGGAAAUUGGUCUGUGUUAAUGUUGUGUUAAACAUUGAAAUUCGGAAAGGAUUUUAAUUGAAAUGUGUAUUUAUUUAGUGAAUAUAACGUUACAGAGACUACAGUAACAUGUUCUACAUUAUAAUUAUUAAAUUGUAUUCUCGGAAAGUGUAAGGUUUCGCUAAUCACUUUUAAAUUCCUAAUUAAUGUAAAAUAAAAUCAUAAAAAAAUGACUGUGACUUACACCGGUGAAGUAGCAACUUGCCGAGGUUUUGGGACUUUUUUAAAAGUUUUAUACAGAUGGCGCGGCAGUAUAUACAAACUGGUGUGGCUAGAUCUUCUAGUUUUCCUGCUUUUGUAUUAUAUACUCAAUUUAACAUAUCGCUUACUUCUAGAUGAAAAUGCGAAGAGAACGUUCGAAGGAAUAGUGAAUUAUUGUCAUUUCCACGGGAAUGUGAUCCCUUUGUCGUUCGUACUAGGUUUCUAUGUUACUGUAGUAAUGAACCGCUGGUGGAAUCAAUACACAACGAUACCGUGGCCUGAUUCGAUUGCCGUCUUCGUGUCAGCCACGAUACAUGGACAGGAUGAACGUGGGAGGUUGAUGCGUCGGACAAUCGUGCGCUAUGUAUGUCUCUGUCUGACGAUGGUGUUAACGAUGAUAUCUCCAAGAGUCAAGAAGCGUUUUCCGACGCUCGACAACUUUACCGAGGCCGGCAUAAUGAAUGAAAAUGAAAAAUCAAUACUUAACAAUAUGAAUGAAAAAUUUCCAAAGACAACGAAGCACUGGUUACCAAUAGUGUGGGCGGCUAGUAUUGUGACGAGGGCCCGUAAGGAGGGCCGAAUAAGAGACGAUUUUGCCGUUAAAACUAUAAUAGAUGAAUUAAAUAAAUUUAGAGCACAAGCGGGACUUCUCCUCAGUUAUGAUACCAUAAGCGUACCACUGGUUUACACUCAGGUAGUGACAAUUGCUGUAUACUCAUAUUUCAUAACGUCUGCACUCGGCAGUCAGUGGGUCGAUAACAAAAUGCAGUCUGCUGAAUCAACGUACAUUAGUAAUAUUGAUCUCUAUUUCCCGAUAUUCAGUACGUUAGAAUUCUUCUUCUAUAUGGGCUGGUUGAAAGUAGCCGAAUCUCUUAUAAAUCCAUUUGGUGAGGACGACGAUGAUUUCGAAGUUAACUGGAUAAUCGAUAGAGAUUUACAGGUUUCAUACAUGAUAGUCGAUGAGAUGCACCAUGAGCAUCCCGAGUUGGUGAAAGAUCAGUACUGGGACGAGGUGUUCCCGUCAGAGUUGCCGUACACGUUAGCCACGGAGAACCAGCGCGAGGAGCACCCGGAGCCUUCGACAGCUCGCGUGGCGGUGCCGGUCCGCCAGCGCAGCAUGGUCCUGACCGCGCCCUCGUCCGUCAAGAUCGACGAGAUGGUCCCCUCCAACACCGUGAGUUACAAGUUCGCCCCGCCAGAGCAAAUUCAAAUGAGCGACGACGCGCAGUCUGGCAUACACUUCAUCGUCCACCGCGGAAGCAGUAAGCGAAAGAAGGAGGAAAGGAACUCUAUGGGUUCCUCUAACUCGAUGGCGUCGCUACAGCAAACGCCUAUGAACAGAACUAAUUCUGUCACAUCGAUGCUCAAAAGACUGUUCUCCAAGGAAGAGCAACGGCAACCGACUACUGCCUCUGUCACUGCCACGCAGACUGAUAGCGGUAACCGUUUCACGAUUUCGGCGAGCAACCCGACCUUGAACAAGCCAGCCACGGCGGGCGGCAGCAUGAAGAUCGCGAAUGAAGUCAUCGAAGAGGUCGACGAACAGGCCACCAUCACGAGUAUGGGCAAACGACCCGACAACAGGCCGACUGCGAUGAGUUUGUUUGCGCAAAAACCUCUUCCGCCCAGCGAUCCAGUUAACGUGCCGUCACGAAAUUCGAAUCACAGCUCCAAGGAAGACAGUCGGUUGUCCCGCUCGGCGCCGAAUCAGUGGGGCGGCGAGCGCGACGACGAGCGAGACGACAAGAGUCCGACGGCGCGCUCGCUCACCGCGCGGGGCUCGUUCGCCGACAUCGACGACGAGCGGCGGCCGCGUCUCGACAGCGAUGUCGGCGCCUCGCUCAGCGCUGCCGGCAGCCAGACACUCAUCGAUGAUGUGGAUGGGGAGGAAGAACCCGAUAUAGAUGACUUCAACCGGCUCAGAAGUAUAAGAGAGCAGCACCGAAGAGAUAAAUAUUUACAGAAACUAAUGGCUCGGUCUGUUAGUGCUCAACAGCGCACAGGCAGUGGUGAAAUAUUAGACAAUGAUCUAUUGUUAGAAGACCUACUAAUCCAAUCAGGAGCGUUGAAGAAAGAAGAGAACCAUAUAAAUGGGUCAAAAGAAAACACAACUUGACAUAGUAUAAGUCUCAUAUUUACAUGGGAAUGAAAUUGGCGUUCUGAGCCUUUCAGUAUUAUAAAUUGUGAUAUUGCUAAACCUUUACUGCAAGUACAAGCAAUAAAUGCUAGUGUUAAUACAAUUAUUUAAAAUAAAUACCAAACUAUUGCUUUAUUAUGUACCUGUUUUUAAUUCUGCCUAAAAAACAGUAACAUUUGACCUAGUAUUGAAACAAAGCGGCUUUUCAAAUUCGCUAAUGCUUCGUCUUUAAUUUUAGGCAAGUUGAAUUAUCAUUAUAUAAUUUUUUGAAAUGAUUUUUAGCAUUUUGCCAAAUUAAAUAAGAUUUCUGACAAGUGAUUGAAGUCUUAUUUGCAUUCGACCACAAACGACUACUUCGCCGUAAGAAAUCAGCCGAAAUAAUCUGCGUCGCGGCUCAAGACUACACCUAGAGACUAGACUCAAUACUACUAGUCAUAGAUUAUACACUUAAUAUAUUUCUACUAGUACAUAAAGCAGGUCUUAUAUAGCUCCUCGGCCGCCUCUCUUCGCACGGAGUGAACAGAUGCCAGUGCCACCACUGCAAUGGCUACGACGAGGACAUGGCGGAGCACGCGCUCGCGGUCUUCCCGCUUUCGCGGAGUAGUGCCGUGUUCUCGUCGCGAAGGUAGGACCACGGUAGCCCCGAUAAGUCUUGGUAGGCGAUACUCGACUUCAGAGAGUCCACCAUCUCGCAGAAAGAGGCAGUGAAGUGAGAGGGAGAGCUCUUUUUCUCCCCCUGAUGGUCUCUGCGCGACCUGAGGGGGUCAAGGCUGCGCCGCACACUAUAGUAGCUAGCGCGCUGGCACCAGGAGGAUGGGACGACGCGUCGGCGGCUGUGGUCCGUGCUGCCGUCGUCGCUGGGUGUGCUGUAGGAGAGCAACCCGGUUGAGGAUGUAUCGCGUGCCAAUCUGGAAAGUUGGUUCUAGAACACCAGCGGCACCGCCCAGGGACCUGACAGUGUACCGUGGGGACCGGCGUCGUUGGUCGUCGACGAUCGCCUUAACGACCCGUCAGUUAAGUGUUCUCAGGAUAGCGCCGCUAGUCGUGUUGUAGUAUUGACCCCGGAAACUCAUCUACUAUACCCGGGUUCUGACCUCGGGCGGAGAUCGGACAUAUGGUGGGGGUUGGUGGGUAGGGCUCUAAAUCAUCCUUGGGCCCGCGGUCCGCUUCGUCCAAUAUCUGCAGACCGUCAAGUCCCACAUACCACGCGCGCCCCCUAUUAGGGGUUCGUUCGGGCCUCUGCCCGAAAAAUAGGCGUUUAUUGUUCACCAGAACUUCGUACAUAGGCAGGUAAUCAUUAUAUCUUAUAUUAUUAUAUUGAAUCUACUUUUAAAUACCUAUCUAAUGUUUUUUUAAUUCUUUGUGGACGAGCAGUCUACACGAUAGUAAAUAGUCACUUGUAAGUAUUACAAUACCAAAGCCAAGCCGCCGCCUACUGCUAGAAAUUCCUUAUACCUCGUUUGAAAAAAGACAUCCACUACUUUUUUGUCAAUUUUGUUAGUUUCAGUGUC